AGAGAGAGAGAGAAAGAUAGAGAGAGAGAGGAAUGUUUCUGUGUCUCGUAUCUGAAAUGGGACAGAGGAAAUCUCUUCUCUUCCAGUCUACUGAUCUUUUCAGAGCAAUACGUGGUUGUGAAGAACCGUGUGAUGGCUGAAGAUGAGAAGAGUUUAUCAUGAGGCCAAAUCGCUCUGAGACACCUUAAUAGAGGGCAGCAGACCUGCAGCUUGGAUGAGAAGGUGGUUGAGGAACAUCUCCCCAUCUUCUCCCGUGGUCUGGUACCUAAAACUUUCUGUCUGAAAGAGAAACACAUCUAAGAGUUUGGAUGUGCAGUGUGUGAGUAGUAUUAUGAAGAUGACGGUCCACAGGAAACACAAUGUUAUUAAAGUGUUCAACAAAACCAGGACUUUACACAGUGAUGCGUACUGGGAAGAUCAUGCGGCCCACAAUGCACUGCUCCUGCUGGAAGACCAUGCACAUCUCACCACCAACUCCAAGACGCGAGAGAGGCUCCUCCUACUUUCUACAGACUCGCUCAUUCUCGCUAAAACCAAGUCUCUGUAUCUGAAACUGAAAGCUCGGGUGAAUCUCUCAGAUAUUUGGUUGGCUUCCUGUACGCACCAUGUCACAAACAUAAAGUGCAGCAACAAGACCUCGUUUGUGAUUGGCUGGCCAACAACCAAUCAUGUCGUAACAUUCAGCUCCUCAGAGAAAAGAGAAAAUGGCUGAGUGCUUUACAAUGGCACAGUGCGAGAGCCAGACAGCAUUUAAUCCCGAAUCAUAUCCUUCUGAACGUCCAGCUGUUCGACUCGCUGUUGACAGUGGCAGUAAGUGUGGACGUUCACUCUACAGCUGAGAGUGUGGUUCAGAGUGUGAUUCAGCAGAAGGCUCUCACUGGCGGAGUCUCCGAUUAUCAGCUCUGGGUGCUUUAUGAUGGUGAGGAGGAAAUGCACCCACUUAUCGGUCACGAGCUCCCCUACUGUAUCCUGUUGUACUGGUUGCGAGGUCAGAGGUCACAGCACACGUUCAGUACACAGCAGUGGCACAGUGCAGAUGAACUGCGUGUUACAGACGACAACAACACAUCAUCACCCCGAUUUCUACUCAAGACCCGAACAGAGAUACACACACACACUUACACAGGUUCUCUAAAGCACAAGAGGAAGAGAUCUCUGAUUGGUUGGGCCCUGAGGAAAGGACAUGUCCAGUCAGAAGGACAGAACGACCUUGAGUACGCCUCUAACAAGCUGUUCGGCCAAUCGCUGGCCUCAAUUUGUCAUGAUGGAAAUCUCCCUAAAGAGAUCAUGGAUAUGCUAUGUGUCCUGUACCAUCAAGGCCCUGAAACCUUGGGUAUAUUCCGGCGCUCAGCGAAUGCUAAAAUCUGCAGGAUCCUGAAGGAGAAGCUGAACCUCAGACAUCCGGUUUCAUUCCGAGGAGAAUCUGUGUUUGUCUCUGCCUCACUCCUUACUGAGUUCCUACGUAAGUUACCUGGCAGCGUCUUGGGUUGUGAUCUGUAUGAAGAUUGGAUGAAUGCGAUGGAAACAGAAGACCAGCAGUCCAGAUGCUCCUCAGUGACGAGUGUAUUGGCAAAGUUGCCCCAGAUUAACCGCACCCUGCUGUGUUACGUGUUUGGAGUGCUCCAUCGUAUACACACACACUCAGACGUCAAUCAGAUGACGGCGUCUAAUCUGGCUCUGUGUGUUGCUCCUAACAUCCUGUGGAGAGCAACGAGUUCCAACCCAGAGGAGGAAAGCCAAAGAUUACUGCAGGUGGUUGCACUCGUUCGUUUUCUGAUUGAGAACGCUCCCUCUAUCUUUGGUGACGAAGCGGAAGAUGUUUUUACGACGCUCUUGAAUGCAGCACAGCAAAACAACGACCUUACGGCUGACUCUUCCCUGCCUCUCCACUCGUCCUCAGAAGAGACAGAUCUGGACUUUUUUCCAUCUUCUCUCCUCUCUUCGGACCUCGAGCCAUUCCUUCCACUGAGAACGCUGUCCUUGUGUCCCCUUACAGUUGCCACAGAAACCACGGACAGUGUUUCCAGCUGUGGGACGCUCGAUUCAUCACCUCCGAUGCCGAUCUCGCUCGGUGAACUCAGACAAUCGCGGGACAGAUGUCUUUCUGAGCCUUUAAUGUGCUUUGAUACAACGUCUCCUUCCCAAGCCCCGCCCCAUCCUUCUGUCAUCCGCCAGUCAAGCUGCGACAACGCCGUCAUGGACAACAAAAUUAGCCAAUCACAGAGCCCGGUGUUGCAGGGGCGUGGUAGAGGCGUGGGAAAGGGGCGUUACGCUUUCUGGAAGUCCCCACAGUUUCCUGCACGUUUCCGUCAUCCUGCACAGCGAUUGGCAAGCAUGUCCAGUCUGUCGUCAACGACAACGUCCUCUCUUAGCUCAUUGGACAGCUUCGAGUACACCUCAAGUCCAAGCGAUGAUAAGCCCCGCCCAUUUUUGUUUGGUACCUCGGCCAGGCUCCGCCCACUGACCCCUGAGAUGCCGAGGAAGCUGUGGACGAUGGCUUACACUUAUGAUGAGCUAAAGGACAAACAGAAAAAUGAAGAGAGGGACAAAGAGAAGGAUGGGGAAUGUCAAGUCUCAAAUAUAAACAUAAAGGAUGAGUGUAAAGAGAAUGAUGAUCAGGAUGGAGAGAUAAAAGAAGUAAGAGAUGAACUGAUAAAGGAGAAGCAUGAUGGAGAGAUGCAACCACACUCAUGUCCCACACAUAAACAUACACUACACACACAUUCGCUAACACUCCCGUCCAAACCGGAUAGAAUCAGCAGGUUGAAAAUCACCUUGUUCCCCAGUGUGGGCAGGAGGAUGUUCAAGCAGUCCGGGAGGGUUGCCAUGGAGACGGAAGGAGUGCCGGUUACCAUGGCGCAGGUGAACAUUCCACAAACGCUAUUCUACAAUCAGAACGUCAACCUUGUGUUUCAGUCAGACGGAAGCCGAUGUAAGAUUAGCGACACGGGCGAGGAUUGUACGUGUCAUGACACUCGCGUAAGCAAAGCAACAGAAGAUGAUGCUAACCAUGAUCUUAGCAAGACCACACCCGAUAACAAUUUACAGAGUGAAGCUGAUGUCAGCCAAAUAGUUAGCGACAUUAGUGACAGAAAAUCUUUUAACCAAAGUGCAGCUGAUGUUAGCCAGAGUGACAACAGAAUUAGCAUCAAAACCUCUACUAGCACAGGUCACAAAAUUAGCAUAAACUUGAAUGAUUCCAUCCAGUGUGACGCUAUCACUGACUGCACAGUAAACAUCAGCAGUAUAAAAGUUAGCCAGAGUGCUUCUGCUAGCACGAGCCAUACGGUUAGCAUUGCGGAUGUCCAUGGUGCUAGCCAGAGCAUCAAUACUCCUGGUGCUAGCAUAAGCCGUGCGAUUAGCGGUAACAAAAUUGACCCCAGGGUUAGCAUUUCUCCCAGUAAUGCUAAUCAGAAUACAGAUGCGCCCAGCAAAACGUCGAUCCGACAAACUAUUCGCAUACGGCUACCAGCUACAGUGCGCAACAGCGUCAGAGCGUACUUUAGCCCCGGCUACACACUAACACGCUCGCACUCAGAGACACACACACACUCAGCAAUGAGUACACAAACACACACACUUCCCAAAUCACAGACCAGGCCUCUGUGUACUAGUAAAAUGCAGUAGCAAAAACCUGCUAAUCAAGAUGGUGGUGUUCCUUUGCUAGCAGCAUAAGCAGUUAAUGCUUAGUGUGAUUUUAGCAUCAUUUUCUUUGUACUGAAUAUUUUUUCAUGAUUUUUUUUACUAUUUUUGAGUUAAAUGUUGACGUUUCUGUGUCACUCUCACUCUUCACAUUUCAUUCAUACAGAAGAUUUAAAGUGUAUGCUAACUAGCUAAAUCAUUUAUCGCCAGUCUUUCAGUGUUUCUUUCUGAAGUAUAAUCACUUAAAUGUGAAUGUGUUAUAUUUUACACAAAAACUUCAUCAUGAGGUAAAUGCAGAAGCUUCUCAUACAGAAUCAUCACUGUAGCCUUUAUGAAGCUAAUCUUGCUGGCUGACUGACUUGCUAGCAAGGUUAGCGAAUUAGCUUUGCUUACUAGCUAGCUAUCCAGCUUCAACAAUUUUGUGCUCAUUUUUUUUAUGUAUAGUAGUGGAACUUUUGGAUCUGUUCCGCCUGAAGUAAAAUGAGAAAAGCUGAAAUGAUAUUUAAAUUAGCAUGCUAUUCACCGUGUAAAUCUUGCUAACGGCUAAGUAGUGGAGCCAGAAACCUUCCUGAGGUGUAUUUUCUUGUAGGUUUUCCACACACACUACACUGUAACGUAUUUAUUAUCAAAUAUUUCAUCCGAUUUAAAUUCACAAUCCUGUUUUUUGCACAUAAAUGUUACACCUUUACACCUUUUACACUGUGUGUGUGUGUGUGUGUGUGUGUGUGUGUGUGUGUGUGUGUGAGAGACGUUAAUGUAAAGUCAAUUGUCUGUGUAUGAUUUUAUACUUCACAUUUUCACCAAAUCAUUAAAGAAAUUAAUUGAAAAUCA